AUGCAUCCCUUCGGCGGAACACCCAUAUGCCCCCGAUGCAACAAGGCUGUAUACGCGGCAGAGCAGAUUAUGGGCCCGGGGCGUAAGUUGUACCACAAGCCCUGCCUUGCCUGCACAUCCUGCGGCAAGCGACUUGACUCCUACAGUCUCCUCGAACACGAUCAAGAGCCUUAUUGCAAGAACUGUCACGUCAAGCUCUUCGCAACGCGCGACCUGCGCCUCGCGAACCUGCCCAACCGCGAUGACGUCCUCCUAUCGCCCACAUCUCCGCCCGCAUCUCCUCUCCGUGCGACCACUUUUCUCCCCACGCGCACCGCCUCACCGCCAGUCCGGCAGGCCACGGCGCCGCCCCUCCCGAUGCGGCGCCAUGCCACCGGCGGCGGCUCCAUUGACAGGACACCGUUUACUUCACCAUCGCCUGCACCGCCCAUGCUCAGGCCUACUCGUGCACUUAGCCCCACUCGCUCUGCGGGUGCAGAACCCACGCGCUCCUUCCAGACAGCAGUCGACGAGCAGGACGAGACGGACGAGGUGGACGAACAGCCCAUCCGUAUGACGACCGGCGUCGGCUCGACGCCCACGCACACCGGCCGCAGUGCGGGCGGGCUGCCGCGGACCGUGCCCCUCAGUCCAGUCCGCAACCGCUUCGGCAGCAUCUCCAGCCCCGCGAAGCCGCCGCCGUCCGACUCCGACGCUGACGUAGCGGACGCCGCCGAGAAAUCUGGCGCCGACGCCAAUGCACGCCUCACGAUGCCGCUUUUCCCGACAUCCACGGGCACGCGCUACGGCAUGGCUCUGUCCGGCAACGGCGCCAGCCCGAGCACAGGCAAACAGUGGGGCGGGGGCACGCCGGUCUGCCCGAAGUGCGGCAAGACGGUGUACUUCGCGGAACAGGUCAAGGCGAUCGGGAAGACGUACCACAAGGGGUGCCUGCGCUGCACCGAGUGCAAGACCUCGCUGGAUUCGACGCGCUUGACGGAGAGGGACGGCCACCCUUACUGCCAUCGCUGCUACGGCAAGCUGUAUGGGCCGCAGGGAAGUGGGUACGCCCUGCUGGGGAAGGCCGGUGGCUGAUUGUAGGCGAUGCCAUCUGGUCCAUGCUGCGAUACGUGCACUAUACAUCGCUGUAAUUUUUGUCGACACAACAUCCGGACUUUGCGUGCUAUCAAGCAUUGUAGACAGAGCGGCACUGUAUUGUAGUCCCACGCUAUAUCUUAUGGUUAUUAUCGG